AUGUUAAAUGUAUCGACUCUUAAGAUAAGUGUCGCUGAUAGGAAAAUGUUGGCACUUGAGGCAGUUGAUGAUUUACUAAAGCAAUAUGGGAAGAAAUUGAGUGACUAUCCUGGCAUGCCACUGGUGGAUAGAGCCACCACUAACAGGAACAGAAAUGACCUACUGAUAGAGGAAAUGAUGUAUGAUCAAGUUACAUUUAAGGUCAGAGUAGAAAAUAUAAUCCGUAGCUUAAAUAACAUGCAGGGGAUCAUUUUUCACAAAGUUCUUAACUCAGUGGAUCUUAAGAUUGGAGGCCUUUAUUUUGUGUAUGGUCCUGGGGGCACAGGCAAGACAUUCUUAUGGUCAGCUAUCAUAUCUAAAUUAAGAAGUCAGGGGAGGAUCGUACUAACUGUUGCAUCAUCUGGUAUAGCUUCUCUUUUGAUAGAUGGUGUACGCAGAGCGCAUUCACGAUUUAAGAUUCCGCUACACAUAGAUGAGUUUAGUUGUUGCAAGAUCAAACAGAAUACGUAUCUUGCAGAACUCAUAUGUUAG